AUGGAUCAGCAGGUGGUCGCUUGUCUGCGUCGUGGAAAUCCAGUGGUGUUUUUUGAUAUUUCGAUCGGAGGAACGCCAUCGGGACGAAUUCGAUUUGAAUUGUUCAAAAAGCUGUGUCCGAAGGUACCUAUUUAUGUAGGAUUGACAAGAUUGCUUAUUUCACGCUCUAGACAGUUUUGCACGGGAGAAUUCCGCAUCGACAAAGUGCCUGUCGGAUAUAAAAAUACAAAGUUCCACAGAGUGAUAAAAGGAUUCAUGAUCCAGGGAGGGGAUUUUAUGAAAGGCGAUGGAACUGGGAGUUUUAGUAUCUAUGGUGAUCAUUUUGACGACGAAAACUUUGAUAUGAAGUUCGAUCAGCCGGGUUUGUUAGCUAUGGCGAACUCUGGACCCAAUACAAACGGAUGCCAGUUUUUCAUCACGACCGUCCCAACGCCCCAUCUGAAUGGAAAGCACGUUAUCUUCGGGCGCCUUUUGGAUGAAGAUUCCAUGUUGGUGGUUCGCAAGAUUGAAAACCUGUCUUGCGAGAACCGAGACAAACCAAGGUUUGAUGUAGUGGUGAUGGAAUGCGGAGAGAUGUGA